UCAACCAAUCAUUAAGAUUCAGAAACCCGUCUAUGAAUGGUGACGCUAAAGCUAAUCGCAUUGCCAUUCUCUCUCUACAAUUUGCGUUCAUUUACUGGAGAAAUAUUUAGGAAUAGAGGGGUGUUUUGGGUUUUAAAAAGUAGACUGCAGUUUCCAAGAUGUCGGAAACAAAUGGAGAUAUUGCAAAAGAUGAAGUAGUCGAAGAACCAACUGAACAGGAAGAACCAAUGGAAACACAAGAAUCUCAAGAAACUGAAGAACCUUUAGAAAAAACUGAAAACUAUGAUAAAUUUCUUGGGAUGGGUUACCCCCAGAAAGUUGCAGAGGAGAUGGACAAAUUCUUUUCCAAUGGAAUGCUUCAAGACGAGGAACUUGACGAGCGUGCAUUAGAUGCCCUGAGGGAACUGAACGAAACGGAUGCAGUCGGUGUCCUGAAGCAGUUUUCUGACAGUGACUUAACCCAUGUAAAUAAUAAAAGCGCAUUCCUUUGUGGAGUCAUCAAAACAUACAGGCAGCGUAAAAUCAAAGGUUCACAAACAGCUGUAGAUAAGACGGGACCAGAUGAGGCUAAAGUUCAGGAAUUAUUAGCUAGUACAGGUUACUCACUUGAUGUGACGACAGGUCAAAGAAAAUAUGGAGGACCACCACCUGACUGGGAAGGACCUGCUCCUGCCAACACGGAGCUAUUUGUUGGAAAACUCCCAAGAGAUGUGUUUGAAUAUGAUCUUGUCCCAUUAUUCGAAAAAUGUGGACGAAUCUGGGACAUGAGGUUAAUGAUUGACCCAAAUACACAGAACAACAGAGGCUAUGCCUUCAUAUCGUUUUGUGAUAAAGAAGGUGCAAAGAAAGCUGUAGCAGAGCUUAAUGACUACGAAAUCCAGCCGAAUCGAAAGAUUGGCGUCACUCGAUCGGUGGCCAAUUGCAAGUUGUAUGUUGCACCCAUACCAAAGUCCAAGACAAGGGAAGAGAUAAUGGAGGAGUUUAGCCAACAUGCACCUGGUCUGCGAGAUGUUGUAAUAUAUCUGACUGAAGACCGUAGAAAAAAUCGUGGUUUUGCUUUUCUUGAAUAUGAAACUCACCAAGCUGCGUCUACAGCUAAAAGGAAGCUGUCUACAGGGCGUGUGAAAGUGUGGAAUGGAGUUGAUAUUACAGUUGAUUGGGCAGACCCUCAACCUCAACCUGAUGAGGAAACCAUGUCAAGGGUCAAAGUUGUUUACGUCAGGAACCUGACUGCUGAGGCCACUGAAGAGAAGAUACAGGAGAAAUUCAAGGAUUUUGGUGAAAUUGAACGUGUCAAAAAAAUUAAAGACUACUGUUUUGUGCACUUCAAGGAUCGUGAUGCCGCAGAAAAGGCAAUAAAUGAAAUGAACAAUGAAACAUUUGAAGGCAGUACCUUGGAAGUGUCUCUUGCCAAACCACCUCAGGACAAAGAUAAGAAGAAAGAAAGGCAAAUGAAAAUGCACAUGGACAAACAAAGGGGAUAUGGCAGAAAGCCGUUCUUUGAGUAUGGGCCAGUACCAUUCAGAGGAAGAGGAGGUGGACAAGGAAUGCGUGGACGUCCUCCAUUCAUGGGAGGAGGAGGGGGUGGUGGAGGAGGAGGCUACAACUAUUUUGGUGGAGGAUAUGAGGAGUAUUAUGGGAACGACUACCGUGGUGGGUAUGAUGACCCAUGGGCUGAUGACUAUUACUACGAUAGGGGUUAUGAGUUCGGAGGCGGUUAUGGUGGUGGAGGAUAUGGUCGUGGCCGUGGAGGCAGAGGUGGUAUGGAAGGGCGAGGUGGUAUGCGUGGGCGAGGUGGAAGAGGCAUGGGGGGUGGUGGUGGUGGUGGACCAAGAGGUCGUGGUGGUCGAGGAGGUGCUGGUGGAGGUAGAGGUCAGAGAGGGAGGGGAGCCCGUGGAGGACGGGGUGGUGGACGAGGAGGUAAUGUUUCUGGAAAACGCAAAUAUGAUGGCCAACCCUCAGGUGAUCCUAAAAGGGGGCGUACUGGAGGACAAUGGGGUGCCCAACCAAUUGCUCAACAGCCACUUGGAGGAAAUGACUAUUGGUACAAAGACACAUACGCCGGUGGAUGGAAUUAGUAAUUUUUUGUGAAUAUUUGGAUGUCAGUAUGGAGAAUGGCUGGACAAAAGGUGAAGACCUUUUAUUUGUGUGGUUUGUAGCUUUUGUCCUACACACCUCCCCACCUGAAAUUUUUUAUACAUAUGAACUCCAAAUUACUGUUCUUAAUCAUUGCCAUGUAAAUAUACCCAGAAUCAAUGUGAACUUUUUUCAACAAGAACAUUUCUAUCACAGAGAAAUAAGGACCAUGAGGAUAAAAUUUACUUUGAUUUCAGUCUUGAAAAAACAAACAACCAUUAUAUUGAAUAAUGCUCAACUUGAAUAUAAUUCAUUGGACUUCUAACACGAUUUAGUUGGCUACAUGCCAUUUUGUUAUCUAUGUAACAUUUUAAGUGUUUAUAUGGUUUUUUUUUUCUAUGAAAAUUAAUUUCUUGUAAACUUAUGAUAUAUAUUACAUUGUAAAAGGCAUGAAAGAAAGGUCCCUUGAUGUGGCUAAAUGAUGUCAUAGAAUGGGAAUCCAAUCAUUUUAAUGCGACAACGCUUUAAUUUUAGACUAAUUUUAUCCAAAUUUAGUGCAAGUAAAAUUUAGUUGUAAAGAUAAAAAUGUAGUUUGGUGUUUAAACAUUUUUGGCUUUGUUUCUCAUUGAUGUCAGAAAAAAAAAUAAUUGUAAAGUUGUCAAAUUGGUGAAUAAAUCCUCGGUAGUAAAUCUGCUUUGCUAGAACUCAAAAUUUACAA